AACCCCAACAAGAUGAAUGCUGUUAUAUUAUUGUGCUUCAUAAUGACUGCAGUGGAGAUGAAUAUACGACCAGAAGUGAUAGUCGACUGGGAAAACUAUCACAUUCCAUAUUUUGACGAAUGUGUAGAAGAAACCGGCGUUGAUCCUAUGAUUCCGAGGUUAAUGUUUAGGCAAGUUAAUCUUCCCGAUGAAGAAGAUUUUCACUGCUACAUGAAGUGUAUUUUCGAACGCAAUAACUGGAUGACGUCCGAUGGAGAAGAUAUCAAUUAUGAGACUCUAGCGGAAGCUGUCCACGUAACGCCGGAAUUAAUAGAGACGUGUAGAACAGUAGCUGAUCUUGAAUCGGAAAUAUGUAGGAAGGUUUAUCUGGUUACUAAGUGCGCAGUAGAUGAUCAAAUACCCUCAAACGACCGCUAACUGUUAAUGGACUACCAGGAAGUGACAGAUCAUCUUUUGUCAUAAAUUUUAUAUCUACUGAAAAACCUUUAAUUUUUCUUCGAUUCUGUGAUGAUCUAAAGAAGAACCUCUGAAAAUAAAUGCUUCGCAUUUUCUCCAA